AUGUUAGGAUUCGUAGCCAAAUCCAUGGAUCGCCAAUACGAGUACUUGCAGGACCAGGAGGGUGGCGACUUCGCGUCAGGUUGGCCUGCCACCGACCAAGUGCCAGGUCAGCAGCAACCACAUUCCUCACUGCCAGGUCAGCAGCAAUCGCAGCCCGGCGAUCAAGGGUUUCUAGACGCCAGUAACGAUCAGCCAGCUGGCCAGGAGGGUCCGGGCCUCUCGGGUCGACCAGCGGGAGGAAUGGUUUCCGCGGAAUAUGCGGACGAGGGGCAACCCGCUGGAGGCGGAAUCGGCGGGAGCGGUUCCGGCGGUGGAACCGGUGCGGGGUUCGCGGGGAAAGGCGUUGCUGGGGGAGCGUCCGCUGCCGGGGGAUGCUCCGCCGCUGGCGGAGGUUCCGCCUCUCGUGGAGAAUCGUCUCUCGCGCGCAUACUGUCGCUGGAAGAGCUCUCUACCGGGGAACUACAGUUCGGGAGACACGCGGAGCUGGAUUCCGCAGUGGGGAAGGCGCGGGAAGGAGCUUCGGGGGGAGCUGCGGGGGGACUGGGGGAAGGGGGAGCGGACCAGGCGGCAGCUGGGGGAGGCUUGCCUGUUGUGACUGUAACGGGUGAGGAGCGGAGGAGGAUGGUGGCGGCGCUGAGGGAUGGUCGAGAUCGUGCAAGGGAUCGGACUCGACAUCUGCAGGACGCCCUAUCACGUCUCGACACGUGGCUCAACGGUGUGAGCAUGAGGAGGCGCGCGGGCAGGGGCGACGGAGCCAACGCUGCUGCUGGCGGCGCUGCUGUCAGUGCUGGCGGCGCGAGCGGGGCAGCUGGGACGCCGGGGGAUAACAGCCGAAGCAGUGGGAGUGCUGGUGAUGGUGGUGCUGGGGUUGGAGCAGCGGGGGGAGGGGCUGGGGGUGGUGGUGGGGGAGGAGGGGGAGGAGGGGGACGGACAGGGCUGGGGCACUCGAAAGCUGGGGGUGGGGCGAACCGGCAUGCGCGCACAUUGCAAUUUACUCCUGCUUCUCCGUUCUGCACCGCGAAACCGUAUCCUUUCCCUCUGUGCCACCUGCCCUUCCUUCCUGCUACCUUCACUUUCCUUCAUGACACUUUCAUUCUUUCGUUAGUUAGUUUGUUCUUUCUAUCAACAGAGGAGUCUAUUCAGCAGUUCUGUCGUCAUCCUCCAAUGCGUCCUGUCUCUCCUCUCUCCCCGCAUCUGCUCGCCCCACCUCCUUUCCACCACCAGUCGAACCACGAAAACGCCUCAGAUCAAAAGCACCUCGCAGGGUCUGGCGCAGCAGCAGGAGGAGCAGCAGGGGCAAGCGGACACGAGGGGCAGCAGCAGCACAGAAAGAUGAAGGGCAAGCGAUCCCGCCCCAAGGCAGAUGUUGCAGGGACUGCAACUGCAGCAGGAGGGAGUGUCAACGGCGUAGUAACAGACUCUCUUGCUGCUGGUACUGGUACUGGUGCUGCCGGUGGUGGUGCUGGUGGUGGUGCUUCUGCUGCAGCAACAGGCGCGGGAGGGGGGCUCAAGCGGUCCCUUUCGAGCUCUUCGCACAAGCCUGGAGGCUCGGCAGCAGGCUUGGGCUCAGGCUCGGUGUUCCGGGCCGGACCUGUGCAUGGGGUGACGUCUGGAAGCAGGGCAGGAGCAGGUGAUGGGGGAGGGGGAGGAGGUAGUGAUAGUGGGCCUAAGGGACAGGCGGGCAAGGGGAUAGGGUUGCACCAGACAAGGGAUGCUAGUGGGAGGUUUGGCACCAUGCGAGCCGGGGGGAGUGGUGGGAGUGGAGGGGGCGGAGGGGGAGGCUCGUCUGUGCCUGGAAGCCCGCUUCAGGGGGAAGAAAAUGCCCCCAAGAGCAGUGGAGGCGGAGGCGUAGGGGGAGGGGGAGGCGGAGCGGGGAUCACUAAAGGACGAGCCACCCGCGGCCCUAGGACGCUGGGCGGGGGACAAGGGGCUGGGGGAGACAAGGCAGGCGCGGGCGGAGUGGGGAACUCGGGAGCAGCAGCAGGGGGAGGAGGAGGUGGUGGGGGAGGAGCGGCAGUGCGAAAGGUAGGAGGGGGAGCAGCAGAUAGGAAAGGGGCGUUUGGCGCACGAGCUGCUUCCCCUGCUCAUUCCGUUCAGUCUGAACGAGAGGGCGGAGGGGAUGGGGCUGGAUUUGAAGGGGGUGGGGAAGGGGACGAGGAGGGGUAUGGGGGGGAGGAGAUGGAUGGGGAAGGGGGUGGGGGUGGGCGGGAGGGAGGGGGACUUUGGCCGACAGAGAGUGGGAGCGUGGGGGGGCAUUUGGGGGGCGCGGGGGAGAGCUUAGGGGGAGCAGGCGGAGGGGCGGGGGGGGAGACAGGGGGCUUGUCGGAGGUCCAGUCUCGAGGCACGGGAUUGGCUAAGGUGCGGAGAAAAGACAAAAAGGGCAAGCUGGGGAGAAUGAGAGAGAAAGCAGAGGGAGGAGGGGGGAUAGUGAAGGAGGAAGGGGGAGGUGGAGGAGGGGGGGGGGCGGGAGGGGCGGAUGGGGUGAGGCGACAGGGGAGGACGGGGCGAUUAGUGGCUGCUGGGGGGUUGAGAUUGAAGAAAGAAGCUGUGUCUAGCGUGGGGAGUGAAGGGGCGGAUGAUGGUGGGGUGCUGGGUAGUGGUGCUGGUGGCACUGGUGGUGCUGCCUCUGCUGCGGGUGGAGGGGGCAGUGGUGGUGGUGGGAGUGGUGGUGGUGGCAGUGGUGGUGGUGGAGCAGGCGGAGUGGUUGGCGUGGCGAAUAAUGUGAAGCAGAUUCGCACGUCCCGGCUAGGGUUGGACAAAGGAGAGAGGGGCGGCAGGGUGGACAGGCGCAAUGCAGCCAACAGGGUGCAGAGGCGCAUGCAUGCAGACAGCCCAAUGGAAGAUUCCGGUGAUUCGGACGAUGAUGCGGAGGAGCUAUCAAAUGCCAUUCAGGCAGCCAUGAACACGGGAGCUGCAGCAGCGUCCAGCCCCUUUUGGAAAGCAGUGGAGCCAUUCUUCCACUUUCCUGCUCCAGAGGACCUCGCGAGACUCAGGCAGAUGUCUGGAGCCACAGAGGGAAGAAGCAGCAGACAGACACACAGUCCCCCACCACCCCACCCACAGUCAUCCCAGCAGCUGCAAUUUCAGUCAAUCCCGUUUCUUCCGUCUCAGUACCACCAGUGA